UUAUGCGUUUAGCCAAGCAACUCUGUGAGUGGGGACCGUAUAAAAAGGUCAUUAAGAAUCAAUCACUCGUCCAUUGGCACAUAUACGUUUGCGGUGCACACAGGAUUUGUGUACAAACAAUACCAAUUUAAAAACAUCUAUUUAUGGGUUUGAAUUCGUUCACAGCCGGAUACGUCGUGUAUUUUUUUUUUCGUUUUUUGUAUUUUAAUCGUUUAGUUUUUUAAACGGUUUUAAUUUUUUUCAUUUUCUCCGUCAUCUAAAUUUGCCUCGCCGAAAUCGACACGCGACUUUUCAACAUGACUACGUCGAUAUUACAAGGACCUUCUGUUCCAAUUGGGAAAAACAUAAAGCUACACAAACUGUUUGAAAAAAAUGAAAACAUCUACGGAGACCAAAUGGCAGUGAUUUAUGAAGAACUGGGACAGCCGUCGGUCCGUUUGACUUUGGUGGAACUGAACGCCGUGUCCAACCAGCUGGCCAGGGGCAUCGCGGCACGGGCGGGAGCGGCCAACGGCGACGGCGAUUUCGUGGUGGCCGUCCAAUUGCCGCCGGACGACGGGCUCAUCGCCGUCCUGUUGGCCGUCUGGAAAUCCGGAGCCGCCUAUCUGCCCAUAGACGCGGCCGCUCCUGAGCACCGGAUCCGGCACAUCCUCGACGAGGCCAAACCCUGUUUGGUGAUCACCCACCAGCCGGACGCUAAAGUGUACGAAGACAUGUCGAACACAGUAUACAACCUCAAACAGAUGAAAAACGCCUCGACAACUUUGUCAGCUUCAAAUUUGCAAAACGAUGAAACCAUAAACGGCGGGCAAGCCGAGACGACGGCUAUAAUUAUUUACACAAGUGGCAGCACUGGCACGCCCAAAGGCGUGAGGCUCCCUCAUCAUGCCAUUUACAACCGUUUGAACUGGCAAUGGAACCGCUUUUCUUAUAGCGACACUGAACAAACAUGCGUUUUUAAAACUUCUUUAACUUUCGUCGACGCCGUUGCCGAAAUUUGGGCACCCCUCUUGCACGAUGCACCCAGGUGUCUGGUGGUAGUGCCAAAGUCAGUUACCAAAGAUCCAGAACGAUUAAUUAACACGUUGCAAGAAUAUAAGGUAGAACGUUUGGUAUUGGUCCCGUCGCUUUUGCGUGCCAUACUGUUGUACUUGGGCAUUUCCAACAACAACGAACAGCAGUGUUCGGUGCAAAACCGAAACAGAGAGCAAAGCAUUCUGGCAAGCCUCAAGCUGUGGGUCUGCAGCGGAGAACCUCUGCCCGUGUCUUUGGCUAAACAGUUUCUGGACACUUUUCCCGGUCAUACGUUAUGCAACUUCUACGGUAGCACGGAAAUCAUGGCAGACGCCACGUACUACGCUAUUAAAUCAUUCAAAGACUUGAGUUUUGGCGAUAAGAUUCCCAUAGGUUACCCUAUCGACAACACUGAAAUAUAUUUGAUGGACAACAAGGGCGUACCGGUCGAGCCGGGUGCUCUGGGAGAACUUUUUGUGGCAGGCGCUAAUUUGGCUAGCGGUUAUGUCAACAACCGAGAUCCACACAGAUUCGUCGAAAACACUGUAGCCCAAAACAAAGAUGGUAUGGACCGUAUGUACCAAACAGGAGACUACGGUAAAAUAGUAAACGGCGUGCUGUUGUACGAAGGCAGAACGGAUUCUCAGAUCAAAGUCAGAGGCCACCGAGUUGACUUGACGGAAGUGGAAGCUGCCAUUCACAAGUUGCCCGACUCGGGCAUAGAUAAGUUAGCUGUGCUUUGUUACAAACCGGACGAAGCCGAACAAGCAUUGUUGGCGUUUGUCGUUUUCGAUGAGAGUAAAAAAUCGACGAUACAAAUCGAAGAGGAACUGAAAAACGCUUUGCCCGACUACGCUUUACCACACAUAAUCGCUUUGGACACGAUGCCUUACCUGGUAAAUGGCAAAAUCGACAGACAAACGCUUUUGAAAAUUUACGCCGACAUGUCUGUAACCAACAAAGUCAACAAGCCGACUAUGGAUUACACGGGCAUCUGCACUAGUCAAAUGUCCACGGCCAAGUGUUUAUUUGAAACCGUGGCCGAAGUGCUUGGCAGUUCACUCAGGUCGCACGUCUCACCGACGUCCAAUUUCUUUGCUUUGGGCGGCAACUCGCUAAACGCAAUCUACACAAUAAGCAAGCUAGCUGAUCUCGGAUAUUCCAUAAACGUUAGCGAAUUUAUCGUAGCUCCUGACAUGGGUACAAUAGUUAAAAAGUUGAGAUUCACCGGCAAACCGCAGUUGUCCGGUUGCGACGACGACUGGUUGUUGGAAAAGUAUACUAUGCAAACUCUCGAACCAAAGCACAAAGAACAAGUUAUUAGGAUAAUAGCGCAGAGUUUCUACGAAAAAGCCGAUCUGGAAUAUUGGCUUGAGCCUGGUGUGCCGUACACUGACUAUACAGACAUCCUCGAGAUGAUUUGGGAGCCGUUGGUGGAAAAAAAAUUAAGUUUUGCAGUGUAUUCAAAAGAAUCCAAUCAAAUGGUGGGCGCAGCGUUAAACUUCGAUGCCCUAGACGAACCAGACAUUGACUUCAACGGUCGGUUACUAGUGGUUUUUGAAUUCCUCGAGCACCUCGAAGGCCCCAUUAGGGAGAAUCGGCUGCCAAAAGGCAAAGGUCGUAUACUUCAUAGCUUUAUGAUGGGCACCGACGCAUCGUUGGACGCAGCCACCAAUGUUGAAAUCAUAACAUUCAUGGAGCAGGAAAAUUUAAGAGUUGGCAAAGCCAAAGGAUUUGACGGUAUAUUUACCACCAACACAAAUCCUUUAACCCAGCAACUCGGAACAAACGUAUUCGGCUACAAAACCCUGGAAGACUGUCAAGUCAACCAGUACGUGGCACCUGACGGCAAACGAAUCUUCGGCAAAGCGCCAGACAGUCAACGGGCCAUAUGCUGUUGGAAACUCAUACUAUAAUUUAUAGAAUAGAAAAUUGUAUUUAUUUUUAAUAUCAUUGUUAGCGUUUUAAUGUUUUUAUUCAUACAUAGAGUUUAAAUUUGUUAUACACAUUUUUAAAAUAUAAGUCUUUUCAAUAAACACCACUAAGCGACUCGCUGUUUGAUACAAACAAAA